CAAAGUUCAUCAACCUCAUAUAAAGUCAAUCGUCCAAUCACCUCACUUGUCGCACCACCACUCUCUCGAUUACUCCUAAGUCAAGUAUUUGAGGAGUGCAAUCCACACGGCUCCUCGGUCAGCAAAUAUGGAAAACGGCGCAGAAGACACGAAAGACCCGUCUGGCUUCCUGACCAACAUCAUCGGCAAGAAUGUCCUCGUUAAGCUCAACUCUGGGGUCAUCUAUAAAGGUCGACUACAAUCCGUGGAUGGUUACAUGAACAUCGCGCUGGACGAAUGCAACGAGUGGUCUGAGGGUCAACAAGUCCGCAAGUAUGGCGAAGCCUUUGUGCGGGGAAACAACGUGCAAUACAUCUCCGCCGACACAUGAGCUAGGAUGCAGCAGAGGGGUGAAAACGGAGCGGCGUGUUGGGCAAUGGCGUCUGUAUAGAGGGCAGGUUAGGUUACGAUUUCAGAUGAGAACCGUUUAUGACAUCUCAUGCGAGUCCAAAUCGUCCUAUCGAAGUACCCCUGACACUGGUGCCCAAGUCGCAAGACCUAGCUCAGACUCGUCUCAAUUAUUUGAUCUCAAUUUCUGCAAAGGGGCUGGACUGUUAUUGUUCACUAAAGGUAUCAUCCGAAAACCUCAUCACGCACCACAAAUCCUACAUCACGAUGUGGUAAACUACAAAAGAUCUCACAGAUUCUGUGCUGUCAAAGUCUGAAUUAUGAUCUCGUAAUUGCAAACACGAGUGUUAUACA